AGACGAUAAUAUCGUGAGCCAAUUAUCUUUCAUAUAAGGAAAAAUGUUUGUCGUAGUGUAACGAUAAUAAGUGGUUACGUGGGUAACAUAAUGAUGAGGUGACACCUGGUUCUGCCAUGCGGAACAGGUCAGUCAGUAUUAUUUUUGGCUCUCUUGUUCUGUGGGGUUUAAUUACUACGUACUUUUUGAUUUCUGAUCAACCAGUGAAUAAAGAGCAAGACACUGCUAGAGUAUCCAAUCAAAUUAGUAAAUUGGAAAGAAGAAUAAAGCAAGAAAUAAUAUUGAAUCAGGAGCUUCUUCAAGAUAUCAAAGAGGAUAAACAACGUAAAAAAAAAUUAGACACAGUAAAUACAAACCCAAAUGAAAAACAGAAAGAUGCAAACUACAAUUCAGAAAAGGUUUCCCCUGAAAAGGAGGAAAAGGAAGAGGGAAAUGGCGAUACGAAUGCGCAACCCUUAUACACAGAACCUAACGACGUCUCCCGCAAUGUUCCUACAAAAGGAAAAUUACCAAAUGGAUCUCCAAUAAUAGCAGUUUUGGUAUUUUCUUGUAAUCGUGUUACUGUAAAAAGAUGUCUUGAUCAAUUGGUCAAGUAUAGACCUAGCGUAGAACAGUUUCCAAUAAUUGUAUCAGAAGAUUGUCAGCAUCGUCAAACGGCUGAAAUUAUUAAUAGAUAUGGAAAUCAGAUAAUGCAUAUACAGCAACCUGAUCAAUCCGAUAUUGAAGUACCGCCAAAAGAGAAAAAAUUUAAGGGGUACUUCAAAAUUGCACGCCAUUAUGGAUGGGCUCUUAAUUAUGUCUUUUUUCAGCUUGGAUAUGAUACUGUGAUAAUAGUUGAAGAUGAUUUGGAUGUAGCCCCAGAUUUUUUUGAAUACUUUUUGGGUACUUAUCCUUUACUGGUAUCUGAUAAUUCUCUGUGGUGUGUAUCGGCAUGGAACGAUAAUGGUAAAGCCGGCUUGGUCGAUGAAAACGGGUCAGAUAUAUUAUAUAGGACAGACUUCUUUCCUGGAUUAGGAUGGAUGUUAACGCGUCAAUUGUGGGCAGAAUUAUCACCGAAAUGGCCGAAAUCAUAUUGGGACGACUGGAUAAGACAACCCGAACAGCGUCGAAACAGAGCUUGCAUUCGACCAGAAAUAUCUAGAACAAGAACGUUUGGUAAAACUGGAGUCAGCAAUGGAAUGUUUUAUGAAAGGCAUUUAAAAUACAUAAAACUGAACACAGAAUUUGUGCAUUUCACUAAGAUGAAUUUAACUUAUUUAUUAAAAGACAAUUAUGACAUUAGUUUUGUGAACGAUGUAUACCAGUCCACCGUAGUAAGUUUUUCAGAAUUAAAAAAUGGUAAAGUUAUGGCACCAGGCGCCGUACGGAUACCUUAUUAUUCUCGUCAAGCAUAUAAAAAUACUGCCAAGCAGUUUGGAUUAAUGGACGAUUUCAGGAGUGGAGUACCGAGAACCGGGUAUCGUGGAGUGGUUACGUUUUUCUACAAAGGAAGAAGAGUACAUUUAGCACCCAGUGCAAAUUGGAAUGGUUACGAUAUCACUUGGAGCUAACAAAAAAUCCGUCAACACAGAUUUAUUUUUUCAGAUAAAUUGCUUCCAUAAUAUUCAACAAAGUUGAACGAAUAUUUUGAUUAUGUUGAAUGCACCAGUGUGAACGAUUAGAGUCAGUUGGUUAACUGAGAUCUCUCGUCACAGUUAAGAUGAAACAUGGAUCGAUGGAUUAAUUGGAAAACAAUGUUUGCUUAUAAUUUCUUUUUGUAGAAUAUUUGCAAGCGAAAUUUAAAUGAACAUUGUUACAUAAUAAGAGAUUUGCAUAGUGCCUGAAAAAUCGUACCCACUGUUUGUACAUAGUUCUACACAGAUAUGAAAUUCUAGAGAACUAUUUGUGCAAUCGUUUUGCGCGAAUGAUCUGGAUUCUAUUACUGUGUACAUAAUGUUUAUAUAUUGUAUAUGUAUAGUUUGAUAAUGCAACUUUUCUUUUGCUUGCUUUCAUUUGCAUUCACUUCUCGUAACGUAAAACUUACAAAUGAAAACUGUAAAAGAAGAUAGGUGGUCAGUAUAAUUUCUGAUUCUACAAUUUAUGUUUUGCUCAUGGAUGAUAAACGAAGAAUCAGAUAUGUAAAUUCAUUAAAUUGUUUCGAAUGUUAUUUAAGAAUAUCGAUAAAGUAUAAGAUGACAAAAUAAGUUACUAAUUGAUCGUCUACUGAUAUCUUUAUCAUCUAAUGGUAAAGAACAGUUACAUUAAUAAAAGAAACAUAACUAUUAAUAUAUAAAAACCAUGACAUUAAUGUAAUUUAGUUUAUUCCAAAUGUGGGCUUCCUCUACAAAAUGAAAAUCAAAAUUAUCUAUCUGUUAUCGAAGUUUCUUGGGACAACAAUUUCUUCUGCAUAAUAUUUUGUACCUUUAUUUUUAACUUUUAACUUUCAACUGUAAAUUAAGUUCCUUCAAGGACAUUUUUAUGCAUGAAAAUGUGAAUAUACAUUAUAUAAAACUUACAGCUGA